GAAACGUGACGAAUGAGGUGACAAAUCCAGUGACGGGCAGAUUACAUAUAGGCACUAAUACUUGUUUGUUUUUGUUACUACAUACAUUAUCUUCUAAAGUGGAAGAAAGCCAGUGUGUCCAGCGCCGUCGAACCGUGAACGUCUAAGCAUGGAAAUUAAUCAAAUUCGAAUCAUCUUUUCGUUUAUCCUCGUGAUAAAUCUAUUAUCGUGUUCAAAUGCUAAUAAUUCUACCUCGUUUGAAAAUAACCGCCUUAAAAUUCUGGCAAUCUUUCCUCAUCCGGGCAAGAGUCAUUUCCUCGUAUUCAAACCUUUCAUCGAAGAGUUAGCACGUCGAGGCAACGAAUUGACGGUGAUUUCUUAUUUUCCGAGAAUCGAGAAGGAUGAACAUCUUCCUACUUACAAAGAUAUCAGUUUGGCCAAUAAAGAGAGUGACGUGUUUAUAAACGUAGUCGAUUUGAAAAGAUUUGAAGGGAAGUUUUACAUUUAUAAAUAUUUUACCAAUAUAUACAUGUUGUACAAAAUGAGAUUCGUAGCCUGUGAAAAUUUAAAACAUCCAGCUGUAAAGAAACUGAGCGAAAAUGGGGAGAAGUUCGAUUUGGUGUUGAUAGAGAAUUUCAAUACUAAUUGUUUCAUGAGCUUUGUGCACAAAUUCAACGCGCCCUUUAUAGAUAUAUCUACCCAUCAGCCAAUGCCGUGGACUGUACAUAAUUUGAGACUUUACAACGAAGCCAGUUUCAUACCUAUGUUGUUGACCUCGAUUUUAAAACCGAUGAAUCUUUUUUAUAGAACGAUAAACACGUUGUCGCUAUACGUCUCAUCGGCGCUAUAUUACACGUUUUUCCAUUGGAAGGAUCAGUCUGUAGCGGAAGAAAUUUACGGUCCGGAUAUUCCGAAUGUGAUGACGAUAAGUAAGAACAUGUCUGUUUUUUUCAUUAACACGCAUUACACCCUUCACGGUGGCAUCUCGUAUCCGCCAAAUGUCAUCGAAGUGGGUGGAAUUCACAUCGAAUCGAAAAGAAAACCUCUGCCACGGAACAUAGCCAAAUUUCUCGACGAGGCACACGAGGGUGUUUUGUAUUUCAAUCUCGGCUCGAUGAUCAAAAUGUCUACGAUGCCGAAGGAUAAAUUGAAUACAUUGAUCAAAGUGUUUCGUUCCAUUCCUAGAAAAGUGAUUUGGAAAUGGGAACAGGAUGACAUUCCGGAAUUACCCGACAACGUCAUGGUCCAGAAAUGGCUGCCUCAGUACGACAUAUUAAAUCAUCCGAACGUUAAGUGUUACUUCGGCCACGGUGGUCUCCUCGGAUUAACGGAAGGAGUUCAGAGCGGGGUCCCGAUGAUACUCAUGCCCUUCUACGGUGAUCAAUAUACGAACGCGGCCGCGGCUCAAACUAGAGGCGUCGCUGUUAUCCUGGAAUAUCACGAUUUCAUCGAGGAAAAACUGAGAAACGUCAUCGAUCAAAUAUUCAACGACACGAGGUAUGGGGAGAACGCCAAGAGGCUUUCGAAAGCUUUUAAAGAUCGGCCAGCCAGCCCUCUGGAGACAGCGAUAUGGUGGACGGAGUACGUGGCACGUGGGAACGGUUUGCCAUACGUGAGGAGCGAGGCGAUAACCAUGCCCUGGCACGAACGUUACCUCGUCGAUGUGUACGCCGUUCUUCUACUCUUGUUUUUGCUCGCUCUUUACGUACAAUACAGAGUGGUAAAGUACGCGUUUGCCCGCGUUCUGAGAUCGGAGGACGCGGAUAGUAAAAGGCGAGCGACUCUCUCUAAGAAGAGGGAUUGAAAUCUUUGGAUAAUGAAUAAUGUCUCGCGAGAUGGGAUACGAUGAUGGAUGGUGUUUGUAAAGCGUGAUACGAGAAUACGAGAACGAAACUACGGAACGGAAUAAAACGGAAAAACAAUCGUG